UUAUUUUAUGCAGUCGUUAGAUAUUUAAGACAGCCCAAAACAAGGAAGUGGAAAAAGUCAUUUUUUGUUUAUCAAAAAUAUACACUUAUCAAGGUUAAUGAAGGCCACAGACAAGUUAAAUGGCUGAACACCAUUCUCUGCAGUACUGGCUGGAAAGUAUCAAUCUGCCCCAGUAUUAUUUAGACUUCAUACAGCAUGGUCUAAUAACCCGAGAACAAUGUGCAAGCCUUGAUGAACAAACUCUUACUAAUAUUGGGGUAACACUGCCAGGGCAUCAAAGACGGAUUCUUACUCAUUUACCAAAUGAUGAUAAUUGGAUUGAAAAUGAAACAACUGUGCCUAAUCUCCCACCAAAGAAAAAAUCUGUCAGAGACUCGUACCUUUUCCAGGAUCGAAAACCUCCUGACAGUUUAAAUGUUCAAACCAAUUCUGGAAACAUUGACAAAACCACAGGUCUUGACUCUGUGAAAGUUUCUCCACGCCCUGUUCCAAGACCUAGGCAGAAAUCUAGCCACUUAAAAUCUCCUGCAACAACGCCAAACGAAAUUACACCAAAUGAGGAAAAGCCAAAGCCAACUAAGCGACCAACUCCUGCUCCACGAAAUCUCAUUUCUCCAAAAACCGGGAACAAACAAACAGUAGGUUCUCUUCCAGAUAAACAUGAAAAUAGUUCUCGUGAAGAGACAAGUUAUAAACCACAAGAAAACCAUUUAGAUUUUGAAAAUGUUUCUUUAAGACUAACUGCUGAUUCACAAAUUGGUGUCAAAGUUGAGCCAUCUUCAGAUGUGGACAGAGUUCAAAAUCUGCAUGAUUCUGUAAAGUUAGAUGGAGCUUGUAUGGAAGAAACAUCAACUGAUGAUGCCUCAUUAUCAGAAUUGUAUAGUUUUCCCGAUAAAAAGAAAACACCAGAAAAAUCUCAAAGUGAUACUGAGACAGCUGAUUCGACUGUGACAUUGAGACACGGUACAAAUGAGAGUGAUAAACAUGUGAAGGAAACAAAUGGUUUAGAAAGAGCAGAAGCUGAAGACUUGUAUAUAAAUAUAGAUGAUUCAGGUGAGAGUAUAUUAAAGAAUUUACCAGAAAAAGAUAAGAAUAGAGAGAUUGCUGAAGCUAGUUGUAGUGCUGUUCUUGACACAACUGAAAGGUAUGAAAAUGCUGAAUUUGAUCCAGUGUCCAAAACAUACCAAGUGAAGUCUGAAGGUGUGGCACACAUAAAUAGUGACAAUGUGACUAGGCAUCUUAUAUCAGAACCAGUAUCUAGAAAUUCUCCUGAAUUAUGUAAAAGUGAUAAUGUUGAAAUAGAAGGUGAUAAUGAGGGUAUAUAUGAACCAAUUUGGGAACACGAAGAAAAAGAAUCUGUGACUAAAGCUGCUGAAAAUCAUCGUGCUUCCAGUUUAAUGCAGUUCUCUCCCUUGGUUACAGAAAGUAAUACGUGUGUGAUCACCAGACCAAAAGAGAAACCUUCUGCAAUAAAUACCCAAGUACAGAAUAGAAUGUCAACAUUUGAGAAUAGAGAUUCAGCGUCUUUUGACAUGCCGCCACCACAGUUUGCUCCCCCACCUCUGCCUCCUGCAGUGAUCAGCAUGAAAGAUGUAAUAUCAGACUUUGAUCCCCUCACAGAACCAGUGGCACAGCAUAUGCCGCCUGUGCCCCCAAGACCAACAAACUAUAAACCGCCAAAGUUAUUCAAGCCUUACGAAAAUGUGCAAUUUCCAAUGGGUGCUGAAUCAUCUACCCUUCCUGGCCACCAUAGUGACAUAGAGCCAGAUUUGCCAGUGUACUCUCCAGCCUCUGUCAGCUACCAAGAUGCUCGUAUUUCAAGUGCUGAUGACCCUUUCAAAUAUGAGGAUCCGUUCGGACAGUUUAAACCAGACUGUGAAGGUUUUGAGCCCGAAUCCUUUCCACCUUCUUCCUGUAACACACAAGGUCCUAUAGCUCCUUCUGGCACUGAAGGUGACGCAAUUUAUGAAGCUGCUGAGGACCCGGAUGCUUUUGAUCCGUUUGGAUUAAAUCAGAAGCCAAGUUUGACUUCCUUACCAAGGUCUAUUUCCAGUGGAAGCAGCGGAAGCCAAUACAGACUGAGCGAAGUUCCUCCUGCACCAAAGUGGUACCAGGCAACUCCAGAUACUGGCAGAAUGUACUCAGUUGCAGGAAACUUAAAUGAUGUUGACUCGAGCAGUAAUGGUAGUUUGGAUGAUUUGAUUGACAGUGGGGACACUACUGAGGAGGACACUAGCUCUGGAACAAUGACACAAGUAGAGAUUCUCCCAACAACAGCACUUUCACCAAGAAGAAAAGAAAGAAGUGGUUAUUUGUAUAAACAAGGAGGUGUAAAACAGAACCGAGGCUGGAGAAAACGAUGGGUGAUAUUUGAUUCAAAAACACUGAGAUACUACUCCAAUUCAAGGGACCAAGUAUCUAAAAGAAUAGUACCACUGUCGUGUAUGACCAACGUCGAAAUGGAUGUCAAGAAUAAUAUAUAUCCUGACUAUUCAGUCAUACCACUAUUCCACCUACCCAAGAAGACAUUUCAUGACAGACCAUUGUCAAGAAUUAUGCUAUCUUCCUCCGAAUUUUUUGAAAGAAAGAAAUGGAGAAAUUCCCAGGUGUUUACGAGUCAGGUGACUCCAAACAACUCGAGACAGUUCAAGUUCAAGCUUCACUGUACCAACAGGGUGUUCUUGUUUGCAACAGAUAAUCUAGAUGAUUGCAAGAUGUGGUCAAACACACUAAUGGAGGCUAUAAUCACAUAUGAUAAGCCUAAAGGAGGAGAGGUACCAGGAGGGGAUAUGGCCAAUCCAGACAUUGAUGCAUGGAUCAAGAUUAACAAGAACAGAUACAAGUUUUAUGUUGUUUUGAAGGGACAUAAACUCUGUUACUACCAAAAUGAUGAUGAUUUCAAGAUGGCUUCUCCCCUACAUGAAAUAGACAUGAAGUUGUCCUCUGUGAAGGAAGUGGACAGGACAAAACUGCAGCUGAAUACACACUACAGCACAUUUCUGUUACAUUUUGAGAGCUCGUCAGAUGCAUCCAACUGGAAGAUGGCCAUUGAAGAAGCUAUUACAGAUGCUUUAGGGGACAAUUCUAUAUUAGACCAGGUAAAGGAGAAUCCAGACAAUGGAAAAUGUGCUGAUUGUGGGGCUACAGAUGCUCACUGGGCUUCCAUGAACCUUGGUAUUGUGUUGUGUGUGCGAUGUGCUGGGAUACAUCGAGGGUUUGAUCCAAGACUGUCAAAGAUUCGGUCUCUCAGGAUGGACACAAGGGUUUGGAACUCCAGUCUCAUUGAGAUGUUCAAAGAGAUUGGCAAUGACAAUGCAAAUAACUUUUGGUUGAAGAAUAUGCCCACUAGUUGCAGUAUAAGUGUGGAGACAGAUAGCGAGGCCAGGAAACAGCAUAUUCAUCAUAAAUACAAGGAUAAAUUAUACUGUGAUAAACACCCUCUCGCUGAGAAUAAAGAAAUGUUAAAUGAGGCUCUAUUACAAGUGGCUCAGACAGACAAUGUGUUAGUUACCUACCAGAUACUCAUGUCAGGUGCUGAUAUUUUGUACAAUUUACCAGGGCAUCCUAACUCUACAGCAUUUGAGAUGGCAAAAGAAGCCCACCAGAGGAUUCAGAUGGAGUAUUUACUUCAGAAUGGAGGAGAUAAAACAAAGAAUUUCAUGCCUGGCUCAGAGGAAGCAUCACUGGUGGCCAAGCUAAGAGCUGAGGUACAGUGGCAGGGGUAUCUACAGAAGACUGGUUCCAAUAUGAAAGUCCGUUUACAUGGGGAUGAUUUCUUGAAGAGAUGGUGUGUACUAGAGCAUGGUCAUCUUAGUUAUUAUGUUAGUGAAGAGAGUAAAGUGGAGAAGGACAGGAUAGAUAACGAGUCUAUACUGUGUAUACAGGCUGUACACAAUGACAAACAUGCAGCCUGCUUUGAGAUUAGUUCCAAGAAGAACAGCAGGGUGUAUCUGUUUGCAGCAGCCAGUGAGGAAGAACGCUUACACUGGAUUCGUUCUAUAUCACGGGUAUUUUGUCCUGUGGAUUUGAUGGAUCAGAUAAAGCAGAUGAAUUUCUCACUGGCAGGGUAUGCUCAUAUAAAGAACGGGAUCAACAGGGAUUGGCAAAGGUCAUGGUUUAUGUUAGAGAACAGAAAGUUAAUCUUUAUAGACAAGGAGGAGACUGAACGAGAACAGGAUAGUUUAGAUCUUAGAAAAGUCAGCAGCAUCACCAAAAUUAUACAAACUCAGACUGCCUGUGAGGCAUGUUUGGAGAGCAGUGGGCCACAGUUUGUACUGAAAUCAGGGGAGAUAAUGCUGUAUUUCCAAGCAGAUCUUAUCAAGGAUACAGACAGGAUCUUCUCAGCUUUAGAAUCAUCUAUAAAGAAAGGGGGUGAUAUUCUAGAAGAACAGGCUUUGACCAAUGAUGAUGUUCCAAUUAUAAUAUCUUGUUGCAUAGACUUUAUAGAACAAUAUGGAUUAAGAAUGGAUGGGUUAUACAGAAAAGCUGAUACAGAAUCUAAAAUAAAGGCAUUGCUGCUUAAAUUUCAGGAAGAUGCAAGAUCUGUAGUGUUACGUAUAGAAGAGGAAUCAGUUCAUCUUGUAUGUAAUGUAUUGAAGAGAUUUCUAAGGAAUUUGUCUGACCCACUUCUCACUGCUCAUCUCUAUAAAAGAUGGAUACAGACAGCUGCUGAAAUUGACCACAAUGUAAAGUUACAAUGGUACAAAUAUUUGUUACAACAGUUACCAAGAAUUAACUACCUCACUCUAAGAACACUGGCUUCACAUCUUAGCAAAUUGUCAAAACAUGCAGAUGAGAACCUGAUGAAUUUACACAACAUAUCAAUAGCUUUUGGAUCAACCCUGAUGAAGUCAGACAAAGUAGAAGAUGUAACAAUAAAUGCGAGUGCUGUGGGCAGUUCCAUGCAGCUUGAGAUGAAGGUUAUAUCAGAUGUUGUCACCUAUCAUGAAUGGCUGUUCGAUAUCAAAGAUGAUGAGAGGAAAUCAAGUCUUGUUGAAGAUAAGAUCCGAGAGGCACAGAGAAAAAUGGAAGAAAUUAACAAAAAUAGAACUACAGUGAUUCAGAGCAAUGACAUGAUGAUAUUUGUUUACUACCUUGAUCCCAAGGGCAAUGCAGAGUCAGUCAGGAUCAACAAGGACACCACAGCAGCUGAUAUUGUUCAUACACUGACCACAAAACUAAAACUGACCACUGGAUCCUGGACAGUACAUGAAAUUAUCAAAAAUGAGCUAGAGCGGCCAUUGGAUCCAAAUGUGAAAGUAUGGCCAUUGGUGUAUGAGUGGCAGAAUUGGUCCAGUGAUUAUAGUGCUGCUGCUACACUCUGUCUGAAGUCCAGUGAGUUUAGAGAGAAGCUAGAACGUGCUUAUGACCCUAGUAAACCAUUGUUUGCUGAGAUGAAAUAUUGUGAAAAGAAAAGAUUUGUAAAGAUGGCAUUUGAGUUCACACAAGCUAGACUGUCCUGUUAUAAAGAUACAAAGAAUGUAAGUAACCCUGCAGGAAGUUGGAAUAUAGAAGAUCUCAGUAUUUACAGAGGAUGUGAUUCUAAAAAGUCUCCUCCCACAAAGUUUUCAUUUACCUUUCUGUCAAGAGGAGAUAAAGUUGGUGAGAAAGAUCUGCCGUGUUUUGGUAGAGCAGUGUGCUGUACUUCAGAACAUGACAUGUUAUCAUGGAUGUCAGGUCUACAGAUGGCACAGCACCCAAGGAGAUGAAUGGAGUAAUCUUGAAUAGAAUUUCAGGGGAAUGUGCAAUCAAGAAAAGAUGUUUUCUUCCAGAAAGUCUUCCAUCGAUGGUUUUAAAAUUUGCAGAUAGAGGUCAGAGAGGCUUUAAGAAAGGUCAUUGGUGUGUGUUGAGGAAUGAAGAAGACAAGAUGUAUAUAGUGAAAUGCUGACAUAAGUCAUUGAAGUACCAUGAAAUGGCAGAUGAUAUCACUUGGAUGAUUGUUUUAUAUGGAUUGUUUUGCAGAGAUACAAAUUUAAGCCACUUUUGGAAUUACUGGACAAGUGCUGCUUGUUAUAUUGUAGUAAAUUAGUAGAAUUUUUUCUAGCACUAUUAUUUUUAUGGACAGAUUGAUAAACACCUGAAAUGUUCAGUGACAAAAAAGAGGAAAUUAAUUGAUUUAAUAGACAAUACAGAAUGCUCUGUAUGAUGAAUAGAUAAAACAUUUAGGUAUCUUAGAUCUAUAAGUUAGUGCUUAGAUGUACUCCUGUUGCUGAUGAUCAAUUUAAAGUUAUUGUCCCUGAAGACUGCAGUACACCCUUGUUACAUAGAAGUAACCAUUUACAACUGUUGUGAUAGUCAUUUUCCAUUGCCCCACUGCAAUCUUAGUUAUUGAAAGGAACAAUUAGGAACUAUUUCAGUUUCAUAUUAAUUCCUUUCUUGUACUUAAGAAAAAGUUAUUCAUUUCUUAGCUGUUUUCUUUAGAGUGAUUAUUUUUAAAGGAACAAGUACUGUUUAUUACAUUGUAAUCCUUUCCUGUAUUAGAGGAAAUAGAAUUUAUUAAAUACAUGUUUAUUUACCUUGGAGGAUCAAGUUGUUUAAGGAACAAACAUUUGUUUACAGUGAAAACUAAUACAUUUUGUGUAUUAUUCUUAGUGUUAUUUGUGUGUUUGUUUUGGUCAGUGGGUAUAAAUAUUACAUAAACUGUAUAAAAUACAAUAAAUUGUUAUAAUUUAUGUAUAUAAGAUAUUUUAGUGUGAGCAGUAGUACUGUAGAUAUAUAGAGCUUUAUUGUGCAAUACAAUAUAUUAUUAUCCACUGUUUAUGCUUCAGGUGCUUCAUGAAAAUAUUUUAGGAGCAGAAAAGUUUGUUUGAAACACGAAUAGAGUAAUAAUUGAUCAAUGAAACAACACUUCAUUUUAUUUCAUGUUCCUUGUUCAUUCAUCUUGAGAUAUAGAUUGAAAACAACGUUUUAAAAAGCAAUGACCUUGACCGAUUAAUUUAGCCCUGCCAGAUAUGUGUUCAUUAUUUUGAUUACUUUAGCCCUACUGCUCUAUCCAAAAUUGCAGUUAUUGGGAGAAUUCAUUUCCAACAGAAAUGCACCUGUAUAAAUAUGUUGAAUCAGUUCCUUUUCAAUACCAAAUCUAACUUGUUCAAAUUAGGCUUUAAAAGCAGAUACGUUUAUCUAAUUAUCUUGUUUUUACUCAACUUGAUUUUCACCCACCCAAUCUAAAUCACUGACUCUCUAUUAACUUUCUUUUCUCUGAAUACAGUAUAGAGAUUCAAUGACCCCUGGACAAUAAAGUUUUCUCUAAGGUAAUAGAAGAAAGAUUUUUGAUUGAUAGUGUAUUCCUUGCAAAUGUUUACAUGUGUAAAAACUUGUGUAAACUUUCUGUAAUAGGAUUCUAAACGCAUUUUGAUAGCGAGCGAGCAAUUGCGCAAAGCGCAAUUGCGAGCCCAUAGCUCGCCUUACGGCAAUGUGUAGGCAAAUAUAACAAAGGUGUGCCGAAUGGGGCAAAGUGAUGUAGCUGAAAAAUUUUCCUCUCGUCUGGGCGCCGCCAUUUCAGGUGCCUCCAUUUUGUUCUACUUCCGUCAAAGUCGGGAAAAUUGUUUUUUUUUUUAAUUUUAUAUUUGAGUUACAAUCUCUAUGUUCAUUAUGUGUCUAUUUUUAAAAAAGUUAUGUUAUGGAAAUAAUUUCAAUUUUGCUUUUAUUUUUCAAAGUGCGUGUCCCUAGAGGACAGGUGCUCACAGGAAAUGCUUUGUUGGCAGUGAAUACAGAACUUCAUUUGAUUGAUGAAUAUUAUCCAUAACUCAAAAAUAAUGCAAGAAAGAUUUCCAGUUGGUAGAAAAAAAAAUAUGAUUUUCUUUUAAAAGAUCAAGCAUUGGCCAGAAAAUGGGAUAAAAUGUCAUAAAUAAGCAUAAAGCCAUAAGAACGCCACAAACAGGUAAUGACGUCACCGUGACACCGGCUUUCCAUAAAUUUUGCAACGUAUGAUAUUCGCUGUUACAGGUAUAAUGACCAUAAAGUUUUGUUUCUUUUCAAGUGAAUAGGUUCUCGGAAUUGUUUUAAGCAGUGAAUAGUUUCUUUGCCGUUUAAGCUACGCUCGCUCAGAGGCUUUGCCUUUUUCAUAUUAUAUUGUAGAAAAUUACUGUACAGAUUGAAAAUGGUUCCUUUUUAUAUAAUGAAUAGUGCUCUACUAAUUGAUGUUUAUUUAGAAAUAAGUACUUUAUGUUUUUACACAAUCAUUAUAAAAUAGUAUGAAAAGAUACAGCCUGCUGGAAAGGCAAUUCAAAUUUUUAAUCUUUUUGUAAAUCUUUUGACAAAUUCUUGGACAAAUAUUUUACAAAUUCACAUAUUUUUAAGCUUGUCAUGUCCUUGAAUCAUUUAAUAUAAUAUAUGUACUUGUAUAUCUUGUAGAUAACUUACACCAUCUGAUAGAGUAACAUAUUUCCUGUCUUUCUUCAUUUCCAUCAUACUUUGUUAUAUAUAUCUAAGUCAGAUAUUUAUUUUUGUACACACAUUACUUGUUAUAAUCUCUUUGUGAUAAAUCUUGAAUAUACACAAACUAUUGUUAUAUAACUUACAUAUUCAUUAUAUCAUUGCAUUAUUUAAAUAGUAUAAAUGUUGUACAUGUCAUUUUAAAUUGUAAAAUACAAGGAAAGAUCUUAUUAUAUGAUUGUUUUUAAUAGUGACAGUUAGAAAAAGAAUAGCUUGAUUUAGUCUGUUUGUGAAAGGUAAUGUAUUGUUCAAUAUACCACUAGAACUGGGUUUAGGGAAAAAUCUCUAAUACACAUGUAUUAAUGGGGUCCAUGAUACCAAAGUAGCUUAUAAUGUGAAGGCAUCAAGUCUAAGUCUGUGUUGGUGGAUGUGGGGGGGGGGGGGGGGGGGGGGGUGGCUUUUAUGACAGCCAUAAAGCACUUACAGAAUACUAUUGUGAUAGGUUUAGAAACAAUAUAACCUAUGUGUUUGUUUUUGCUUCAGAAAGUCUAUAUGUUAUACUUGAAAAUGACAAUUUUCUAAAUUUCUGUGGAUUAAACAGAUUAAGUUUUUCUCAGAAUUUAUACAGUUGAUAUAUACAAAACAAAUACAAACAGUUUACCAGUAAUACCUAAAAUUGGGCUAUAUGUGAGUUUUAUAAACUUGUAACUUGUUUUCAAAUAGAAAAACUGACCAUGAAAAAAGUGAUAAAAAAUCAGAUAGCUUGUAUAACUUAUUUUUCGGCAUUUUCCUUUAUCUUAUUUGAACCUUGUCUAAGUGUUAUUUAAGUCGUUAAUUCAAUGGGCUAUAGCCAGUACUACAUUUUUUACCAAUCAUGUUACUGGCCAAAAGGAGUCUCUUCUUUUAUUGUUUGUUUAGCACUUGCUCACGAUUUCUUUAUUCAUUAGAAAAUAUGUGCAUAUAUGUGUUUUAGUUUUAAAAAGUCUUCCUUGGAAAUGAAUUCAUGAAGAAAUUGGAGCAGUCUUCCUGUUGAAAGUUAACACAGAACUGCACAGCUUAAAUGUAGUGCUGGAAAUUAAAUACUUAAAAAAAUAAUAUGCUCAUAAUUAUAUAGACAUGUUGACUUUAGUAUAUUUCUCACAUAGGUUUUUGUUAAAUAGAUACAUGUAUAAGAAAACUAGACCGAUGAGAGUUGUAUGUUCAUUGCCUGUGGUAUAAAAGAAUCUCUCAAUGUUUAGAACACCAAUGAUAAGCAGAUGUUUACUUAAACCGUUUCAUACCUGUGUUUGAAAAAUAGAUCUUUCCUUAGAAUGGUGGAACCAGUGCUUGGCGUAACUCUUGAAGAUUGGCACUUUUCUAGUGUUAUCAAGUUAUUACUUACAGUUAGUUGAACCAACAAUCAUUUGAGCUUUAAAUGAUAAAUAAAAUAAGCCUAUAUGUCCUUUGACUGAAAAGUAUCGUUUGUCAAACAGACUGCCAUUUGUAUUAUGUCAAAAAUAGUGCCAACCUUAUAAUAAUUGAGAUUAUUGGUCUAAAUUUACCCAUCUAUGACAUUUAAGAUAGGUCAUUGAUUUAAUGCAAAAUUUACACUUAUUACGACUCCUUUAUGUAAAACAGAUAGUCUUUCAUUAUACACAUUUUUUUUAUUUUGCCAAAAAAACAGGUAGUCUUUCACAAUCCACAAUAUAUUUUUAUAAUGCCAAACACUUGUCCUCUUUCUGUUGAUAACAAACAGCUUUAUGUGUCACUGAAUGGACUGCCUGCCAAGAAACAUACAAUUUACUUUUGUUUUUAUACCAAUGCCAUGAUAUAAAGGGCGGGUUAUAAAUAAAUUAUCAAAAAAGGUUCUGUGUUAAUUUAGUUUCAGUGUAGAGAAUCAUUCAACAGGAAAUGUGCUGAGCACUGAUUCUACCACUCUAUAUAAAGGGUAAUACAAAUUUUGUUGACCCCUACAAUUAUUUAAUGUUAAUAUUGAGUUCCCUUCAGCAUAAUGAAGGACCGCAACUGUUUGAAAUAUUACAUUAUGAAAUAAAAUAUUUUUCUAAGUUA